AUGUGUCGCUAUUAUCUGCGUUCGCGGUUGGCUGCUUCUGGCCACCACGCACCUGGUGGAUCUCGCAGGUUUACGGGCCACCGGAACAGAUGUCGACCCAUAAUUGAAGGCAAAAAUGUUAACGAGCUCUUUGAGCGGCCGACGCGACGCGAUACUCUGAAAAAAGCAUCGACUCCGAGUGUGAGUUUGAACGGCGUCUCGGCGAGCGAAGCGGACGACGUCUAG